GCAACUCACAUCGUCUUUCACCAAGACCCGCCCUCGUCUGACAAGUCUGCUUUAUGCCGAAUGCCGCUGGGCCUGUGCCCCAGUGAUGACGGCCUGCAAGGUCUGAUGACCCUGAAAUCAUUUCUCAAUUCUGGCUAUGACAUGGGAGAUGGGAAGAUACUUGUCUGCGUCCGAAGCGUUGGGCCUCGAAAGGCAAUCCAACUCAAGAAACGUGAGGGUACGGUUGAUCUCAUUGAGGUCGGCAUCUUUGACGAUACAGCUACAUGCGUCCUGAAGUUGUGGGGGGACAAAGUGUUUUCGGCGAAAACAUGGGUGCCAAAUCAGACCAUACUUCUGAUCUCAACGCCCACUUGCAGGAUUUCAGACCGACCCGACGGAAGCUCGUCAGCCGACAUUGGAGUUGGCUACAAUUCCAUGGUGGAUAUCGACCCCAUAUUCCCCGAAGCUGACUGGCUGCGCAAGAAGGUCAAAGAGAUGAGUAGGAAGGAGAGAGUCCUCACUCCUUUUCCUAAAGGUAUUUGGGAUGUGGAGGCGAUCGUCAACGGCCCCGUAAGGGAACUGUUCACGCUUUCAGAGGUCGACGAUCUAGUUCGACAAGAUCCCAGUCGAGACUUCACGGGGAAGAUCAACGUUGUCAUAUUGGAGAUGAACCUACUUCAGCAGUGGUUCAGGAGCACAAUUUGCUGCUGUGACUGUUGCAACGUUCCGAUCUACUCCAAGAGGACAACCGCGAUAUGCAAGACCUGUGGAACGGUUCGACAGCUUGGGCUCAACCCCCGAGUCGUAGGAAAUAUGGUUGACGAGAGUGGAUCGGUUGCUGCCGGCAAGUUGGCAUGGAGUGACGAUGCGUGGACGCAGCUAUUCUAUGGACCCCAGACCAAAACUGAGAAAUCUGAUACUGACGACGGUGAUUAUGCCGGAGCCAACCUUUUCGGUCAGACUUGUGAGGACUUGACGGCCCUCGACAGUAAUUCCCUUCGAGAUAUCGAAGACCGGAUGCUCUUUGCUCGCGUCACGCUCACGUUCGGAUGGUUUCCUCCGUUGGAGAGAAUGUGCAUCCUUGGAGUCGAGUGGUGAGGAAUUCUGCUUAACUGGACUGGAUCUAGCUUCCGAGAAUCGAAGAUGUCAGGGAGUGUUAAUUCGGACAUGGAGCAACCCGGGGUUAUGUCGUUACUGUUGGAGGAGCUGCGGUUCCAACUCUUCUCG